UGUAAGCACGUGAACUGAGCAAAAGAGAGGGAAGAAUGUCCCAACUUGCGUUCCAGCCGGCCUACGAUGCCGAGAAGGCGCUGCAGCCAGCAAAGGUCUGCGUCACUGGAGUGACCGGCUUUGUAGCAGGCUCGGUGGUCUCGCGGCUGCUGGAGCUAGGCCACACCGUGCACGGCACCUGCCGCGACCCCUCGCGCACCAACACGGUCGCCCACCUCUUAUCCCUGCCCGGUGCGGCGGAGCGCCUGAAGCUGUUCAAAGCCGACCUGCUGUCGGAGGGCAGCUAUGACGAGGCUGUGUCGGGCUGUGACUACGUCAUCCACACCGCCUCGCCCUACACCAUGAAUGUACCCGCGGCGGAGGUCCAGGCCAAGCUGUUGGACCCAGCGGUGAAGGGAACAGAACACGUCCUGUGCGCCGCCAGCAAAUCUCCCUCCGUCAAGCGGGUGGUGCUGACGUCAUCGUGCGCCGCCAUCUACGGCGACCCGCACGAGUUCGGCAAGGACCACGUGUACACCGAGGCUGACUGGAACCCUACCGCGACCAAACAGGUCCUCCCAUACUACUACAGCAAGAAGCUGGCUGAGGAGCGGGCGUGGGAGAUGGCCAAGGCGCAGAGCCAGUGGAAGCUGGUGGUGAUCAACCCCGCCGUCAUCCUGGGGCCGCCGCUCAGCAAGCGCACAGACAGCGAGUCGAUCAACCUAAUAAACACCUUCCUGAAAGGCAAGGCCUACCCCGCCUGCCCGCACAUGGGCUUUGGCACCGUGGACGUGCGCGACGUGGCCGCGGCACACACCCUGGCCAUGAGCCACCCCAAGGCCGAGGGCAGGUACAUCACGGUAUCCAAAUCCAUGUGGUUUGCGGAAAUGGCACGUGCCAUCAAGGCCGGCUUCCCCGACUCGAAAUUCCGGCCCCCCGUCACCACUGCACCCAAGUGGUUGCUGGCGGUGAUUGGGCCGGCGGUGGGCCUGUCGCGUGACCUGAUCAAUUACGCGGUCGGGAAAUGUCCCCAGUUCAACAACAGCAAGAUCCAGUCGGAGCUUGGAUUUAAAUUCCACUCGCCCGAGGCGGCCAUCAAGGACCAGGUGGAUGCGAUGCUGGCGCUGGGCAUCGCAAAGCCGUUCUGAGGUGGUGGAGACACGAGCAGCACAGCUGCGGGUGCGGGUGACAGGGACGCCGGUAGGAGGACUUGAUGGCUAGCCAGAGGUUGCUGAAGAGUUUCCGUAGGGUCUGUGAAGGGGAGGGAGCAGGAGCGGUAUUCCGGUAUGCUUGCUUUCUGGCAGAGGGGGCUUCGGAGGAGAAAUGCUGGGGAUGAUGGCACAUAUACAGUAGAAACUCAUACAUACUCGCUCAGUGGUAUACCGUGUAUAUGUAGGGCAACACGCAUUGGAGAGGGAGGUCGCUGGAGCGAUGGCUUCAGCAGGUCCCUGUUGCAACCAAAGCAACCCGAUCGGCGCCCGGUGUUGGAUGCAUCAGAGGCUGCAGGCUGCUGCGCAUUCAAUACACACGGCUGUGUUUCACAUGAUAAAGGGUAAGGAGGGCUUGCAGACAGGAAAUUUUGGUCAACGAAUAAUUCGGUGAAAAGCUGACCGGUUUACCAGUUAACUGGAUUGAGAACC